UGUGUUAGUGAUUACAAUGAUGAAGUGUUAAGGCAUAGUAUGAAUAAAUUAAUUAUUAUUAUUAACUUCUACGCAAUAGUACAAGGCUCCUACGUUCGCGAUGCCCACUUUGACAAGAACAAAAUUGCCGAAAAUUAUUGUCCAAAGUCUGAACAUUGUGAAGAAGGUUCGCAUGUUAUGUGCAUGUAUUAUAACCCGAGGGAACGCAUGAGUAAGCAGUGCCAUGAUUCUCAAGAUAUUCAAAUCACUCGAUCCGAAGCCGAUAAACUAAUGGAUAUAGCAAACAUGAUAAGAGGGAAUGUGGCAAGAGGAAAGGAAACAGGAAGAGGUGAAGAGCCUCUACCUCGUGCUUAUGGCAUGUAUAGAUUGGAAUGGGAUGAAGAGUUAGCGACAUUUGCGCAAGUGUUGGCAAAUUCAUGUCUAUUAAAGCAUGACCUCUGUAGAGCUACAAGCAAAUACCCUGACCCUGGUCAAACCACUGGCGUUGUAAGGUUCAGCUACCCGGAAUGGUAUAGCAUAGGUGGUACUGACGUCUUUCCGCCUGGCCUUUCUGAAGAAAAACUUCUAUACAGCAUCAGGCACAUCAUGCGGUCGUGGUACGAUCAAAAGAGUUAUGUGACUCCCGAGAUGGUGAAUCAGUAUCCUAACUGGCCAGAUCAUAUCGAUAAAGUCGCUGGGAAACUGUAUCUAGAGAUGAUCGCUGGUGAAGCUACUCACAUGGGUUGUGGCAUAUCCGCAUAUGCGGAAUAUGCUUACCACGCCAAUAAUGCGGAUUUGAGCUAUAAUAACGUACACGUGGUGUGCAACUAUUCCGCGAAACCUCGAAAGGGGGAGAAACUGUACAACACAAAGCCUCCCACUGAAAAUGAUGUGGGCUACACCGUACGCUGUGGAUGUCCCGUGGGAUACGACGAAGAUUACAACUGUCUUUGCUAUCAGACUAAUAGGAGCUUUACAAACACCUGUGAGGGGGAUAAAUGCAAGCCCUCAGUAGUACUUCUGCCAAUUUUUACAGUAGAAGAUGCGCCUGCGCACAAAAUGAUACACAAAGGGUCAGAAAACAAGUCACUCAAGUAUUACGAUUCAUUUGAACUAUUGGACCAAUUGGAUAAAAAGGAAAAAUCGCGUAAAGCUUUUGAUUUAUCUCGACCUGAGCCUCCCUUUAUUACUGAAAGAAGCUUUACGCCGAAGAGGCUCGAUGUCAGUCGACGUUAUUUUGGUAAACCGCAAAAUGUGUCACGCUCAAGUCGAAUAAUUAUCCCGUCUAAAGUUAAAAAGUCCAAUAAGCCGAGCAUUUUCACAAGAACUCCUGUCUUUGUUUUACCCACAAAGAAAAAUUCUAUUAAAACUAUUGUAACUAUAAAAAAGGAUGUGGUACCUCGAAAAGAUUUCACUAAAGUAAAAAAACUUGUUACGACUUAUUUAACACGAAGACGGAAUGGAAAUAAUGAGGUCGAUUACUUAAAUAACUCUCUUCACGAAACAACUACUGAAAAGCUCACUACAAUUGAUGUUACUCUGAAUAGAUACUUAAAAGACCAUAACUUCGAUAAUUUCAACAAAGAAAACGAUGAAGACAAAUUAAUCAAUAUUUUAGAUAAUUUACAAGAAGAGGUCAAACACAUAGGAUUCGAUAGAAAAGAAAAAGAAAUAUUUAAUGCUAAAUUGCGAUCAAUUUUCAAUUCUUUAGAUAGAAACUUGAAGAUGCCAACUAUAAACAAUCAUUCAUUACAAGAAAAUCGGGAUUCAUUCGAUAGAUAUUCUAGAUAUAGUGAAAUCAAUAACAGAUUUAAUAUAAAUGAAGAUAGAAUUAAUAAAAAUUCUCUUUUUAAUUACCCUAUGAAACAAAAAGACAAAAAUAAAGCAUUGGAACGAAAAUAUAGGCACAUGUAUGGGAUCAGAAGAAAGAACAAAGAUGUAUACAGAAGAAAUGGUGAUAUCCGGCAAAACUUUUAUUUAAGGGAAGAUAGUGUAGGUGAUCUAAGCAACGAUAGGAGAAAAUUUUAUCAGGAUAAACUAGACAAUCUGGAAAGACAAUUACAAAGUAUGAGUCACGGUUAUCAGCGAAAAAACGCAGUAAAAAAAGAACAACUAAGACCUGUCAGACCAGCAAAAACAGAUGAUAAUUCGUUCUAUUUGCCUGAUAGAGCCCGAUUUUUACAUGGCUUUUAG